UCCUUUUUAUAAAUUCCUUUGCUUUCUAUGUCCCAACACUUGAGUUUCUAACAAAGAAAAAUGUUUUCCUUAGUCAUGAAAUCUCUCAAAUCUCUCUUAACUCCUCUUCUGCACCGCUACAUCCAUGAAGAUUUCCAUGCAGUUGUUGCUAAGAUGACCAUCAUCGACACUUUUCUCUUCCUUAUUGUGCACUCCAUUGAUAAGCUGGGAAUAUGGCCAAAGCUACCUGUGUUCUUAGGUCUGUUUUAUCUGGGUAUCCGCCGCCACCUUCACCAGGAGUACAACUUAUUGAACGUUGGGAAAACUCCCACCGGCGUUCGCUUUAAUCCCGUCGAUUAUCCUUACAGGACAGCCGACGGAACAUUCAAUGAUCCCUUCAAUGAAGGUGCUGGUAGCCAAGGAACCUUUUUUGGCCGGAACAUGCUCCCCGUGAACCAAACAGAUAAGCUGAAGAAGCCAGAUCCCAUGGUGGUAGCCACAAAACUACUAGCUCGGAGAAAAUUUAAAGACACAGGAAAGCAAUUCAACAUGAUUGCAGCUUCUUGGAUUCAGUUUAUGAUCCAUGAUUGGAUUGAUCACCUGGAGGAAACCAACCAGAUUGAACUGGCUGCUCCUAGAGAGGUUGCAAGUGAAUGUCCCCUUAAAUCCUUCAAGUUCUACAAGACAAAGCAAGUUCCCACAGGCUUCUACGAGAUCAAGACUGGCACAUUGAACACCCGCACACCUUGGUGGGAUGGAAGUGCAAUAUAUGGUAGCAACGAAGAAAGGCUACAUAAGGUGAGGACAUAUAAAGAUGGCAAGCUCAAAAUUUCAGAAGAUGACCUUCUCCUCCAUGACCAAGAUGGUAUUGCCCUAUCUGGAGACGUUCGCAAUAGCUGGAUUGGUGUCUCCACUUUGCAGGCUCUCUUUGUCAAGGAGCAUAAUGCAGUCUGCGAUGCCCUCAAGAAGGAAUAUCCAGAUUUAAAGGACGAAGAAUUAUAUAGGCAUGCAAGAUUGGUUACAGCUGCUGUAAUUGCAAAGAUUCACACCAUUGAUUGGACUGUGGAGCUUCUGAAAACUGAUACAUUAUUGGCAGGAAUGCGUGCCAAUUGGUAUGGAUUGCUGGGAAAGAAAUUUAAGGACACAUUUGGGCACGUUGGAGGUGCCAUCUUAGGAGGGCUUGUUGGUUUGAAGAAACCUGAUAAUCAUGGUGUUCCAUAUUCAUUGACUGAAGAGUUUGUGAGUGUUUACAGGAUGCACUCACUUCUGCCUGAUCAUCUUGCUCUUAGAGACAUCUCCAGUGAACCAGGCCCCAACAAAUCUCUACCCUUAAAGGAAGAGAUUCCUAUGCAAAACCUGAUAGGCCUCAAAGGAGAAGAGGCUCUACCAAAAAUUGGAUUCACGAGCCAAAUGGUCUCAAUGGGUCACCAAGCUAGUGGAGCCCUGGAGCUCUGGAACUACCCUCUAUGGCUUAGGGAUGUUAUUGCACAGGACAUCACUGGCCAUGAUAGGUUGGAUCACGUCGACCUACCAGCUCUUGAAGUUUAUAGGGAUAGGGAGAGGAAUGUUGCAAGGUACAAUGAGUUCCGCAGAUCCAUCCUGUUGAUACCCAUAUCAAAAUGGGAAGAUUUGACUGAUGAUAAAGAAGCCAUUGAAGUGCUAAAUGAAGUGUACGGUGAAGAUGUUGAAGAACUUGAUCUUCUUGUAGGCCUCAUGGCAGAGAAGAAGAUUAAAGGAUUUGCCAUUAGUGAGACUGCUUUCAUCAUAUUCCUUCUCCUGGCAACUAGGAGGCUAGAAGCUGACAGGUUCUUCACAAGCAAUUUCAAUGAGGAAACAUACACAAAGAAGGGAUUCGAAUGGGUGAAUACUACAGAGAGUUUAAAAGAUGUGCUUGAUCGUCACUACCCAGAAAUGACGAACAAGUGGAUGAACUCUGCAAGUGCAUUCUCUGUUUGGGACUCACCUCCUGUUGCUGACAAUCCCAUCCCUCUCUAUCUUCGUAUUCCACAGUGAAAAGGCCAUGCUUCUAAAAGAUUUGUUUGCUUUCAUCUGAAUAAAGUUGUUGGAGAAUAAAUUUGUAUUAGCCAAAAUUUCCAUUGUUGUAAAAUAAAUUUAUUUUAUUGAUAAAUUUAUAAAUUCUUUUGCUAUUAAUAAUAUAUGAAUACUAUACUUGUUUUGAAA